AUGCUGCUGGGUAAGUGCCCUCACUGUUGCUCCCUACCAAACGGCGAAACUUACUUCGGUCGCCCGACUGGUCGCUGCUGCAACGGGCGUCUCAUCGUCGACUUCAUUGGUAAUAUAUAUAUUUCACUUAACGCUAGCUCUUCCAGCGGGUUUUCUUAA